AUGGACUUCAUGCCAAAGGCAGAUGGAGCCAUAAAUGGGUUGCCCUCAGAGUUCCUUCUCCCACCUCCAAAUGGGACGUGCGACCUGCUCCCCGGGAGCUCCGUCAUCCAGAUCCACUGCCAGGACCUGGCAUCUCUGCCCAUGCAGUGCGUCGUGCUGGCCAACCAGGGGGACCCAAAGGAGCCAAAGGCAGAGAUGGACUCGGAAAGGACUAAUGACUUUCCCAAGGUCACACACGCGGAGGGUGGUGGAGCAGGAUCAGGAUGGAAGAGAGCUGACUUCAGUAACAGCCAACCAAGAGCUCCUGUGCUCCAGCACCUGCCUCAGAGCUCACACCUACGCAUCCUCCCAGCCAGUGAGAAGAAGAAAGGGGGCUGGCCCAAAGGAAAGAAAAGGAAACCCCCAAGGGAUCUUUCUGUUCCCCGUGCACCUACGACAGGGUACGUGAUAUUCCUAAACGAGCAGAGAAGCCAGCUGAGGGCCAGACACCCUGAUCUGCCUUUUACAGAAAUAACAAAGAUGUUGGCUGCUCAGUGGUCCCGGCUGCCUCAAGAGAAGAAGCAAAGGUACAUUUACCAGGCAGACGAGGACAAGCAGCGCUACAUCCGCGAGCUGCAGGCCUACCAGAGCUCCGAGGCGUACCGAGCCUUCCUGCGGAGGCAGGCGGCCCACAAGGCACUGUGCGGAACAGGAACCCCAGGUAAUGAAUUUGAGAGUGAGGGCCUCGACUUCUCAGCAAUUGAUGGAGAUGGAAACAGCGACCUGUACUGUGGGACGUGCAGGCAGUUCUUCAGCUCCCUGCACAACAAGAAGGAGCACCUGCUGGGGAAGCAGCACCUGCAAAACCUCACAGGGGAAUUUGAAAAAGAUUCUGCUGAGUACUUGAAGCAUCUGGAACCUCUGGAGGAACAGGAAGGUCAGAAUUUGAACAAGGUGGAGCCAGAGGAGGAAGCUGGGGGCCCCAAUUCACUUCUGCUUGGAGGUCUGAUUCCAGAGAAGAGUUUUGCUUCAUUCGACUUGUGUUUCUUGCAAGAAUUUAUCUUUAAACUGCUGAAACUAAAGGAAUUUGAGCUCAGAGAGCUGAAGAGGACUCUAGAAAGAGCUCAAGCAGAGCAGGAGGCCCUGCAGAGGCAGCUGGUGGAGUUCCAGAACCAGCAGCAGAGGCUGGAGGUGGAGCUGAUGGGCCUGAAGACCUACGGGGUGGUCCUGGAGCAGGAGUUUGAGAACCUCAACAUGGUCCUGAUGCUGUCGCACUUCGGCCUGCAUGUGAUGGACACAGUUCCCUCUCUGGCCCGCUCAUUCAGUUCAUCCAUCCGGAAGUGGACUUCUGAGCGCCUACUCCUAGAGCAGCGCCUGCCUCAGCACCAUUGGGGACCUCCGGACACCUUCCAGGCCCUCUGA